UGCUAUGGCGCCGAAUGUGCUUUAUGCAGUUCAGACCGAGUCAGUUCGGGCCCGAAGCUUGCAGUAAAGAAUUCGUUUGACAUUGCACUUCAAGUCCCUCAUGUUAUUUCGGAUAUCUCACAUAGCCUACAACCGAAUGCAAAUGAUGUCCGCCUCAGAGUCCUCGUGAAAUGAAGAGGACGCGGGUUUUAUACACAGCAGAAGAGUGCACUGUCUAUCUACAAGAUUGAACCCACUCAGCAUACAGUACCAGACACACUCCAUGAAAAUAUUAGACUGGGGGCCGCUCAGAAGGAGUCAUGAGAAAGUGCAGUCCAUGGAUGUUUCUGCCAGUUAUGUUUUCUCUGUUCACAGCUGCUGGCCUGUGGGUGGUAUAUUUCAUUGCUGUGGAGGAUGAGAAAAUCACCCCCCUCGAUUCAGAAUACAAUAGAUCAGAAUCAAAAUAUCCUCCAUAUAUCAGUAUUGCAGGAAAUGCACCACCUGCCAGCUGUGUGUUCAGUCAAGUCAUGAACAUGGCGGCUUUUGUAGGAUUUAUUCUCGGAGUGCUGCGAUAUCUGCAGCUGAAACCGAGGAUUUAUAAAUGGCUCAACAUCGGCAGUCUGGUGGCUUUGUCUCUAGCCUGCUUCGGAAUGACUUUAGUUGGGAAUUUCCAGCUGUCAAAUGAUGAGGAACUGCAUAAUAUUGGCACAUCCAUGACCUUCGGCCUAGGCACACUCUUCUGCUGGGUCCAGUCCUUCAUGACGCUAAAGGUCAACUUGCAUAAUGAAGGCAAGCGAGCAGGCAUCCCCCGGUUUCUGUUGUCCGGGGCAGUCACUUCCUGCAUGCUGCUUUAUUUUGCUUUAAUGGCACAGCAGCUGCACAUGCACGCUGCCCGUGCUCAGUGGGCCCUGGUCAUGUUUUUCCUGAUUUACCUAGGCACCUUUGCUAUGGAGUUCCGCCAUUACCAUUUCGAGAUUGUGUGUAGUGACCACCAGGACCCUCCUCUCAGUCUGUCUGAAAGCUUCUUGGAGGUCUCAGAGCAUCAAUCUGACCAGCUGUAGUCCAACUG